AGCUGCUCUCAAUGGAAAACGCUGCUCACUCACUGGAGCGGAAACGAAGAAGAGUGCGAAGUCACAAAGAAGGAGCAGGAGCUCUUCGACAAAGAAACGAAAUGUCGAUCGUUUUUGUGCCUCAGAAACUUCGCGGCGAUGCCAAAAUCAACCAGGAAACCAUACAGAGGCUCCUGGACGAAAACGACCAGUUAAUACGAUGCAUAGUUGAGUACAUGCACAAGGGGCGAGCUGUCGAAUGUGUCAAAUAUCAACAAUUCCUGCACCGUAACAUCGUGUACUUGGCAACCCUGGCCGACGCCAGCCCCGUGGACAACGGACCUUCGUCGUCGUCGUCCUCCCUCUCAUCUUCAUCGGGUGACCAAAACUCAGCCUCCGCACAGCCCAGCAGCAAAAUCAGUACAGGAAGUUGAUAGAUCGACCACAUUAUUAAUCAUUUUGUCAUCGUCAAAAUUUAUUAUUUUUGUCCUCCGACACCAUUCUGCCUCAAUAGAUUUAUGACUAUGUUAUACGAAGGAGCCUUUGGGCCGCAUUGAAAAAUUUACUUGAAGUAGUACGCGAAUAAAGCUGUCAUUUCAUGCACGGUGGUUGCAUUUUAUGAAAAUAAAAUCACGUGAGCAAAGAUGUUGUAAUAAUUGGCGAGGGACAGAAUUUUAACAGCCUGAAGUAGCAAAAAAAAAAAUUCCCAAACUUGUUUUUGGAAGCAUGUAUAGAAAAAGGCUGCGAUUUCUGACCAGAUUUCAUUUGUAAUGUUACUCAUGUAAUCUCACCAAAAUUAAACAGCAAUUGCACUACUAAAAGAAUGCAGUUCUGUUUGAAAAAGUCAUGAUAAAAAUACAAGAGUGUUUCUAGCAUUUACUUGGAAAUUUUUACAAGUUCAAACAUUACAGGGGAAAAUGUAAGUUGGAAAAUAAAUGUAAUCCAGAUGUAUUUUUUGCAGAAUAAAAGUGCUUGAAGUUUUUCCUUUUUUUUUUU